GACGGAGGCGGCGGCGCGGCUGACGGAGCUCGAGCGCCUCCUGGACGAGCACGACCAGAUCAUCCGGGAACUCAAGCGGUCGGAGAGCGACGGCGGCGGCAUCAACUACGCGGGCGUGGCCUCGGCGCCCACCCCUGCCACGCCCCUGGACAUCCUCCCCAUCACGGUCACGCCCCCAACCACGUCUCGCACCGCCCCCACUUCCCCGGCCAGCACCGGGCCCCGGUCUGCCCAGUAGCAGCGCCUGUGAGGAGCCCGCCCGGAGGAGGAGGGGGCGUAGGGCAGGGGGAGGGGGGGCCAUUCGCGUAGGGUGAGGGGGAAGUCGCAGGAGGAGGACGAGGCCGCAAGGGCGGGAGGAGGCCGCCGGAGAAGGCGCGGAGGUGCACAGGACUUUCCUGGAAUCUGCGGAAGCUUCGAGAAAUUUCUUCAAGGGCGUUGGCGUGGCUGGCUUAGGCAGACGACCCACGCUCAACUAUAAUCAUAAUGUAUAAUCAAAAUUAUAUAUUUCUUCUUUCGCUAGGCUAAGCACGAAUCAGCGUCUCUGCCUUUAAAACGAGGCCUUAUUUACACAAAAAGAUAGCUUACCAUUAAUAAGAAUAAACCUACAUUAGACUCGUAUUGUGGACAAAGGAGUUUGGGGCUUCAACUACAAAGAGCAGGAGCAAGGAUGAAACAGAACAGGAGACAAUGACACUGUUGCAAAAAGCACAUUCGCGAAGGACCGCAAAACCCUUGAGCAACAGAAGUGCGAGGAGAAAAACCUCAGCGUAACAUCAACACGCGAAAGGAAUUAGGCAAAAGUCGUGUUUUUCUCUCGCUUUUUCUCAAGUCACUUCCAUCUGUACGCUGGGCUGGCUCCGACUCCCACGUGGCACUCGCACCUAAGUGCCUCUGUCGCCAGGGCCACUAAAGCACUCGCACUUGGCACAGUUAAGGCACUCAGACGCACUCUUUAUGCACUGCAACACCAUGUAUGCACAAGCGUUUCUCUACGGCACUUAGAUGUACUUGGAGCUGAGCCAUGUACAUAUUUAUAUAUAUGAGCGAGCUCGUGAGCUGAACGAACGAAUGGAGUGUAACAAAGUCUGGUAACGUGAGUGACAUGUUUUCACAUACUCGUUUCACAGCCGAAACACGACCACCGCGCUGCACUGGCACGCACUCACAGCAAGGCUAUUCUACUGCACAGGUAACACACCCACUUACGUCAUCGCAUCACCUUCCACGUAACAAAGCACGCACUUUGUCUCACUCAGCACCUGUCGCACUGCACGAGCACUGACAUAUGGACACAGCACCAGCACAGUAACGUGACCACAGACAAGCACUGCAUCUGCACGUGCAGAUAACAGCACUGCACAUAUCACUGACAAGCACAGUACUUGUAGCACAGCACAGGUAAAUACCAGCACGUAUAGCACGGCACAUGUACAGGUAUAUUACAGGUCAUUUGUAGU